AUGGCCCCUCAACGACUAGAAAAGAAACCCAGCACUGCACGCUCACGCUGCUCGACGCGUCGGAACUCUUCCAAAACCACGACAAAAACAUCCGCAUCUCCACCACCAACAACUAAGCCUAACAGUACCAGCGCUUUCAAGACCCCAACCUCCCCAUCUCCAGACCCUACAGCCCACGAUCUCCCCCGCGACAUCCCCGAAGUCACCCGCUCCCUCCCCUACGCCGGCAAGAAGUCCCCGCGCACGCUACUAGCCCGAGGUCUCCCGCCAAUGAACCAGCUGAGCGAUAUAUACCAGGACAUGACGAGGCGGGCGAUGGAGCUGGGGUUUGGGGAUGUGGUGGGGCAUUUGGGGGGUAGGGCGUUGAGGGUUGUUACUGUUUGUUCGGGGACGGAGAGUCCGUUGUUGGCGUUGGAGAUGAUACAGAGGAGUUUGAGGGAGGAUUUUGGGAUGUGUUUUGAUUUUAAGCAUCUGUUUAGUGCUGAGAUUGUCCCGUUUAAGCAGGCGUAUAUCGAGCGGAACUUUCAUCCUCGGUAUUUGUUUCGAGAUGUUGCUGAGUUGAAGGAUAGAGUGGCUCAAACCGCUUACGGCUCCCUCGAGAAAAUCCCCAAGAACCCUGACAUCAUAAUCGCCGGCUUCUCCUGCGUUGACUUCUCGGGCCUAAACAACAACCGCAAAACCCUAGAUGAGAAGGGCGAGUCUGGCGGAACGUUCUGGGGAAUCGUCCGGUAUGCGAUUACAUACAGACCACGGAUCGUGAUUUUGGAAAACGUAAAGAAUGCACCCUGGGAAGAAAUUAAAGAGAAUUGGAACGAAAUCGGAUAUUUCGCCGUGCAUAUGGCCGUCGAUACGAAAGCUUAUUACCUCCCCCAGACCCGCGAACGAGGAUACAUGUUCUGCAUUGACCGCCACCUCUUGGAGGAGCGAGACAUCCCAGAAACCGACAUGGAGCAGUGGCUUGCCAUCUUCACAGGCUUCAAGCGACCGGCCAGUUCCCCAGCCGGUAUGUUCCUAAUGAACAGCGAUGAUCGACGACUCGAGCAGAUCGAGAAAGACAUGGCUGCGUAUAUCACCUCGUCAUCAGCCAAGACGGCUGUUAACUGGGCGAGAUACCAAAUCCGUCACCAGGGAUAUCGGCUGGAGCAAAACUUGGGGCAUAGACGACCGAUUAGUAGGUCUCAGGAGGAUGGGACUUGUCAGAUGCCAGAUUUUGCGUGGCAGACGUAUGUUAGGUCAUUGCCAGAGAGGGUUUGGGAUACCAUUGAUGCGAAUUUUUUGCGAAAGCUUGGGGAGAACGGGUAUGAUAUGAAUUAUAAAGAGAGAUGUAUAGACCUAUCCCAAGGCCUUGACCGAGAAACAGACACCCGCGCAUACGGACUCGUGGGCUGCAUCACGCCCUGCGGCAUUCCGUACAUCACUACACGAGGUGGUCCAUUAUGUGGUCUCGAGGCACUAGCUCUCCAAGGCCUCCCGUUGGACAGAUUGCUACUCACCAGGGAAAGACACCGUGAACUACAAGACCUCGCAGGAAACGCCAUGAGCUCAACAGUGGUUGGGGCUGCGGUCCUCUCGGCGUUAAUCGUUGGGCAUAAGGCUCUUAACCCUGGUAACGGAUCUGGUCCGAAGAAGGCCCAAUCGAAGCACAAACAGAUCGAGCCGCGAGAUGAUUAUCCGUUGGUGUCGAGCGGUGUUCCACUUGGACAUGUCUUCAGCAUAGACACCACAGACCUCAAAAUACAGGCCGCACGCAGCGCAAGAUACUGCACAUGCGAACGACAAACAGCAACACGACAGAGCAUCCUAAGAUGCACUCUAUGUGACCACACAGCCUGCUCCGACUGCGCCGGCAACCCGACACACGCUUACGAACGCUGGUCCAGCCUAACUCGCAGCCAGCCACUGGACUUUGUCAGUCAUCUCAAGAACAUCCUUCCCACGCGACUAGUUCUCUCCGGUAUAUUCCAAGACGAUUAUUAUUGUCUACGCACAACUUCCUUAGGCUGCCCUCCCGCCAUCUGGGAUGAUUUCUUGGAAGCAGUGUCACGAGCAAUUGGCGAUGAGCUCCGAUUUUUGGACAUCAAGCGGAGUGAAGAUUGGACUGUUUCUUACCAGGGAAGAUAUUCAAUUUUGAACCUUGUCAUUAGUUCUACGAACAUUCAUUGGUUAGUUUUUGCAAAGCCGUCGGAGUUGGAACCGGCCCUGUGCUUGAACCGUGAGAUACUUUCCAAGCCCGUUGCGCGAAUGACCCCCGUUUCUGGGUCUCUUCUCGACGGAGAAUGGGAAAUAUGUGCGCCAAUCAGUUCCGGGUGUACGAUGGCCUUUUCUGGUACCGGAGCUCGAGUUAUGUCAUACGAAGCGAGAUGCGGAUUGCAGAUGAAGCAGUUUAUUGGAUCUGAAAUUUGGAGCCAGAUCACCGUCCAAGCACCGGAUGAGAAUGUGGAAGAUUUAGAACUAGACGUUCGCGGAACUUAUGAGCUCUUACCAGAAUGCGGCACGGCAAAUGCCUCGUUGCAUAAGAAAGCUGCCACACCUGGCACUCCCACAGUGUAUCUGUUCUUGGACCCCCACAAGAUCAACGAGGCUGAGAAUGAUUCGUUUGUUUUCUCGUUGGAACAUCGUCGUAUUACUGGAUAUGCGCCGCGGUUGAAUAUCGCCGAGGUUUCGCAUACAUGGCGCUCCUCCGGAGCAACCGCUCAACCGAAGCAUGUUAAUGUGUAUCACCGAAAGUGGACCAAAGCUCAAACGGCUCGUUUAACGCCGUACGAUCCCGACGCUCCAAUAACUUGCGCCAAGCUACACACUGGAACGGAAAUCUCUAUUGAAAAUGUUGGAUGCCGCGAUGCGAAUGUCACGCUGUUGUCAUUCUCAGGCCCAGGAUCAAUAAUAGGCUCACCAGGCCCUAAAGGUUCUUGGGGAAUCAUCGACCCCAUUGAUUCUUCAGAUAGGUUAAAGGACCUUUCUUGGUUAGUGCAGAGAGCUGCCGAGUUUUCUGACUUCCAGCAAUGGACUGAGGUAACCAACCGCAAUAACCCUGUUCCCAGCAAUAAAAACUCUAUUUGCACCGUCUGCGUCCCACCAAAACCGCGAACCCUAUGGGGUCGAAACAGAAAAGGUUGGAUCAAAGCAUAUGAAGACCCAUACGACGCAGCUCUCUACGAGCGACAGGUCAAAGCAAAACCAUCACCAAUUUUGGUCUUCCGGCGUGUUGGUGAGGAUGAUCUUGGACAUCUGCGGGUUACUCUCAAUAUCCAAACCCUUUUGCAUCAGGCUUGUGACAAGUUAGUUGGAUCGAAGGUUGAUAGCGGGGUAUCUUUCUUUUGGAAAUUAGUUCCCAAUGCUUAUGACACGAGGAAUUUUGUAUUUGUGAAAUUUCAAUUGAGCAGUAACAAGCACGACCCGCAGUCGAUGCAGCCGCCUGGAUUUCGUUUGGAACUGCGACCAGAACAGUUGCGGUCGUUGUCGUGGAUGGUAGGUCAAGAAGACGAUGAUGUUGCACCGUUCGAGGAAGAGGAAACCGAGGAGGCUUUUCUGCCGUUAAUGAUGUGGCGCGCAGAAGCCAGGGCUACCACAAAAAAAGUUGUCCGCGGAGGCGUCCUUGCGGAUGAUGUUGGAUAUGGAAAGACCGCUAUCAUCCUUGGGCUCAUUGACAUUCAAACCGAACGUGAACUUUGCAGCAUUCAGAAACCGAUUGGAGGCUUCAUCCCGUCAAAUGCAACGCUCAUCGUCGUCCCUCAUAUUAUGCUACCCCAAUGGAAGUCAGAAAUUGAAAAGUUCCUAGGAAACAGGUAUAACGUCUUGAUAUUCCAAUCUGCAGCUUCUUUCACGAGCAAGACAGUCGGGGAUGUUCAAAACGCAGACAUCAUUUUGGUUUCAUGGUCUGUGUUUAAUAACGGUGGCUACUAUCAGAAGAUACACAAGUUCACUGGCAUGCCGCGGGUGCCUACGAAAGCGGGACGCAAUUUUGAUCAUUGGUUUCAGGAUGCCCAGGUUUCGCUCAGGACCCAUGUCCAAAUCUUGAUGGACGAAGGCCCUAAUGCGCUCUUAGAGGCGAUUCGCGCCAACAGACGAGAAGUGAAAGACAAGCAGACAAAUUCAACGUAUGUCCCGUCCAGGCGACUCAGAGGGAAGGUGUAUACAGAAGCAAAUAGAGAGAAGUUGAACACAUAUGCCAACAUGCACUAUGCCAAUGUAUCCAGUGCGGAAGAAGAGUCUGAUGCCAGUGACGUCGAGUGUCCUGACAGACUUAGGGCCAAUGUUGACCAGCACCUGAAGCUUCGAGCUACCGGGUCAUUUGAUGCCAACGCUGCUGACGGCCUCAAUGAUUCAGAUUCUGAAGGUCAGGAGACUGAGUAUGAAGAAUCUUCGAUAGACGAUUCCGUCGAUGCUCGCAGUUGCUGCAGAAAAGGCCGCGGUAAGAAGCGCAAGCAGGGCGAAUCGGGCAGCACCUCAAGCGGGAAAAGCAGAUGGAAUGAUCGUAAAGAGUUUAACAUCACCGAAGAUCAUUCUCAAGACUGGAAGACCGUCAGAACACCCUUGCUACACGCUUUUUCAUUUAGCCGCCUGGUCAUUGACGAAUUCACAUACGCCAGCCCAGAAAGACUCGCUCCUCUAUUAUCACUCGAGGCACGCGCAAAGUGGAUUCUGUCCGGGACGCCUCCAUUGAAUGACUUUGCCGAUGUCAAUACCAUUGCUCCCUUCCUGGGUGUCCAUCUUGGAGUUGAUGAUGACGACGACGACCAGUCACAGAGUAAACGACUGAAGACGAUAUUGAAACAUAGAUCCGAAGCGGAAGCUUUCCAAUCUUUCAAGGCGCCACAUAGCGAGGCAUGGCACCGAAGGCGGCAUGAAGUCGCGCAAAGAUUCCUCGACCGCUUCGCGCGUAAGAAUGUUGCUGAAAUUGACGAGAUACCCUGCACGGAGCAUAUUAUUCUGGUCAGCCAGUCUCCAGCCGAGAGAGCUAUUUACCUCGAGCUGUACAAACAGCUAAUGGCUCAGAAUCGCCAGCUUCGUCGACGCAAUCAGGGGCAGUUCGGAAAUGAUCAGAUCGAAAGACUGGACGAGACUAUCGGCAGCAGUUCAAGUCCAGAGGAGGCCUUACUCAAGCGAUGUUCCUCACUAGCAUUGCAGGGUCGUUGGGAUAAUGGCAAGCCUGAAAUAAUCACUUGUGAGACGCUUCUUGCUAUUCGUGGGAAGCAGCUUGACGCCCUCGUGCAUGAUAUCAAAAUGAAGUUUGAGCUGGCUGCCUGGGUGUAUUGUAGUUGCGAUUUGAAAUAUGAAUCCUUCCAGAAGUUCGUCGAGAGUCUCAUCAGGCACGACUUUGGUGACAGUGAGGUCACAGAAAAGGCCUAUCCGCUUCUUAAGAGUGCUGUCUUCACAUCGAGACAUGACGAUUGGAGGAUGUUCUUUGCUGAGUCGCGAGAUGAUGGUAGCUCUGGAAAAGUCGUGGAAUCUCAUGAUCAAUCAGAACCAGACGCCAGAGAUGACGAUGCUGAAGACGAAGAUGACGAAGAAUUUUCACCUCGAAAGUCAUCCAAGAAAAGGAAGACAAACGGCGUUGGUAACGGUGUCAAGGACUCUUCCACUCAGAAAACCGGGCGAAAGAACUUCAAAUCGAACAAGCCCGAAAAAUAUGUCCUCCCUCCGAAACCGCGCGAAACAUACGAAUACAACCUAGUCCUUCGCGAAGUCACAUCCACACUCCGCAAUCUAAUAGUCGAAUGGGUACUCCGGGAACGAGCCCUCCGCUUCCUACGAACCGUCUACCUCAUACAAACCGGCACAGAAGUCCCCGUAUGUGACGGAUGUGAGAAUUGUCCUAACACCCUCGACGAUGUCAGCGUCCUCGGUUCCUGUGGACACGCGCUCUGCGUGGAGUGUGGCCGGGACACUAUUUUGAGGGAAGAGUGCGCCGUGGAAGGCUGCCGUGGUUCAGGAAAGCGAUUCAAUGUCAUCAAAGCAAGCACCUUAGGUCACGGUUACGAGGACAAGAGUGCGACAUUCGGAGGGAGCAAAUUGGAUAAGCUGGUGGAGAUAAUCCGUGGUAUUCCCAAGGAUGAACGGGCGCUGUUAUUCAUCCAAUUUCCAGGACUGAUGGAAGUCGCAUCCAAAGCCCUGGAACUAGCACAGAUUAAGCACAACGUGAUAUCUCCCACUGAUUGUAGAUCAGCACAAAAGGUUGAGCAGUUCCAGAAAACGAGCUUUGGAGAUAACCGGGUCUUGAUAUUGAACCUCGGUGGUGAAAUGGCAGCUGGAUUAAACCUUCAAUGCGCAAACCACGUUAUCUUUCUUUCACCCCUCCUCGGCCAGACCCAGUACGAUUAUGACUCGUCCAUGACCCAGGCCAUCGGACGUUGCCGUCGAUACGGGCAGACCAGACACGUCCAUGUCUAUCAUCUGCUGGUGAAGCUGACAAUUGAUGUGAAUAUCUUCCAGGAGCGUCGAGAGAAGGUGCUUGUCGAGAAGGAUGGGAAGCCGGUGUUGGUCAGCUAUGAGGAGGCCGUGGAGUCUGAGGCAAUUAGCUGCGAGGGACCGUCGUUGGUCAUGGAUAAUGCGUUUUGA